ACCAGGAGAGUGACACAGAAGGAAUGGAUGAGGACUCUGUGAGUGACCACAGUUAUGAUUCCAGCGCGGAAGAAAUGUUUUUGGAAGGAAAAGAUCCACUUUUAGACCAUGCCAGGGACUCGGAUGAACAAUGGGAACCCACAAUGUCAAGGUGUCCAUCCCCCACUAAUUCAGACACUGAAGCUGGUUCAUCCAGCCGGACCCCUGCUGUCUCCUGCUCCACACCUUCCCCCGCCCGGCCAUCUAGAGGUGUGAAGAGGUCAGCCCAGAAGCGGAGGAGGGCCAGUGAACCAGCGACAACUACCACUGAGGCAGAGGACCGUUGGCACACUGUGCUAGAAGAUGAUGUGGAGCCACUUCCACCAACAUUUAGACCGAAAAGGCAUCCAGGACCUCAGCUGGACAAGACUGUAAAGUACAGCCCCCUUCAUCUUUUCCAGAUGUUUUUCUCCUUGUCAGUUCUUGAUUUGCUGGUUUCUAACACCAACAAGUAUGGGGCUAAGACACAAGCAGAUAAGAAAGAGGCAUGGAAGCCCAUUUCCAUCCAAGACCUGUACUGUUACAUCUCACUGGUUAUUUACAUGGGGUUUGUGAAGUGUAAAAACCUCAAGGACUACUGGAGAACGUCAACACUCUACCAACUGCCUUUCCCCUCCACUGUCAUGCCUUCUAAAAAGUUUCUGACUAUCUCGCAGGCGCUUCAUAUCAGUGACCCACAAGUUGACGACGACAAUGACAAGAAGAGAGGCACAGCAAGCUUUGAUAGGCUCUGCAAAAUCAAACCUCUCUACCCCAGCAUGGUUGAGGCUUGCAAGACCCAUUUUCAGCCCAACCAGAACCUGUCCAUAGAUGAGAGGAUGGUAUCCUCAAAGGCUAGAAUUGGCUACAAACAAUAUAUGAGUAACAAGCCGACAAAAUGGGGGUACAAACUGUUUGUUUUGGACGAUUCUGUGUGUGCCUACACUUGGAAUUUUUUUGUUUACGAGGGGAAAUCCAUCUCAGCCACCGGUAAGGGACUUAGUUAUGAUUCCGUUAUGGAAUUAUUCGAUUUUCAACUGCUGGGGACGGGCUACAAACUGUUUGUGGACAACUUCUACACAAGCCCUACCCUGUUCACAGACCUGAGGAAGCUGAAUGUGUGGGGUUGUGGCACCAUUCGUCCCAACAGAGUGGGUUUUCCCAAAACAAAAGUAAACGACAUGCCAAAGCGGGCUGAUAGGGGUACCAUGCGAUGGAUUCGUAAAGAUGACCUGCUCUUUGUGAAGUGGAUGGAUACCAGAGAGGUGGUCAUGUGCUCCAGUAUCCACAAAUCCUUCAGUGGCGAUCACGUAGUCAGGCGUGUGAAGGACGCUAAUGGGGAACAGACCACUAAAAAUGUUCCCAUUCCUGCUGCUGUGAAGGAUUACAACAAGAGCAUGGGAGGUGUGGACCUGUCAGACGCUCUGAUAGGCGACUACAAUGUUCUCCACAAGACAACGAAAUGGUACAGAACAUUGUUCUAUCAUUUCAUAGACAUUGCUGUGGUGAAUGCAUUCGUCCUCCAGAAGGAAAUGGCUAAGAGCUCUGGACAGACCUCCAUGACACAGCUAGCCUUCAGAAAGCUGCUCAUCUAGGAGCUUGCUGGCUACGGCACAAAGUCCACUGCAGCACUUUCUGACCCCUCUACCUCUGUCCCUUCUGCUCCUGCCACCAGUUUUGUUCACAUGCCCGAAUUCAUAACUGCAGGCAUGAAUGUGCCUCGGGGCAAAAAGGCCACAGCAUGGAGGCGUCUUUGUGUUCUUUGUCACAUGAAGUCCCCCAUCACCUGCACGACUUGUUCGGUUUGCCUCUGCUUUACAGCAGAAAGAGACUGCUUUGGGACUUGGCAUCAGCAGCACGAUAUUGUGUAGAGGACUGAGGGUCUUCCAAAUACUGUCAUUCUAAAGUGUUCAAAUUGUUUUUUUAUUUUUUAUUUUUUAACUUUGUGUGGUUUGUGGUGUUGUUCAACAGUGACAUUUGAUCACUGUGGGCUGCUAACUUGGCCCUUAAAUGUUUCACUUCUGUGUUUGGAGAUAUUGGAUCAGCAUUCUUGUCACAUUUCCCGUUAGUACCUUUUAUGUAGGGAAGCUAAUGAUCCAUCAUUUAUGACAUUCCUGGGAGUGUGUAGACUUGUAUUUUUUAUUAGCGUAGCAUUUUUGUAUCUUCUAUGUAGUUAUUUUCUUGAAAAAAUCAAUUUGGCCAUUUGGGCAACUGGUGUGGGACACCUGGGUGACUUCAUACUAAAUGUCAUUUAACUCGCUCAUUCUUGACGUUAUCAGUCUGACUUUGAACAUGUACUGUUGCCCUGUUGUGGACAACAAAUAACUGACCCCCAGCGUCCUAUAUCAAUGUAUGUCCUUUUGCAUUUCAAAGAUUAUCAAAUAAAAAUUGUAAACAUGUA